CAACGCUGGUCGCCGUCGUGUUCGCGCGAGCCCUUCGAAAUUAAUUUCAAAAAAAAAACCGUGUCGCGCCGCGUUCGACUGUUCAACGCGUUAUUAUUACGCUCACCGACCGCGAUGGACAGCGCUCGUACGCCACCGGUCACCGCGGUCACGUCCUGUUCCACCAAGAAGACCAUGUCCCGGUCGUUUCUGAUCGAUUCUCUUAUUGGCGGCAUCAAUCGGCCCGCCGUAUCGGCCGCCGCCGCCGCCGCCGCCGCCGCGGCUGUACCGUAUCACCCGCAGCUCAGCGAGUACAUUCAGUUCCUGAACCGGACGGCGGCCGCGGCCGCGGCGUACGGAUACCAGUCGCCGGCGUCCGUCGCUUUCCCGUCCGCAGCCGCGACCGUUGCCGGGCCGCGAUAUUUCGGUUAUCCCAUGGGCGAUGGCGGCGACGUAGCCGGGUACGGCAAAUACCAUCCCAGACCGGAAUCCACGACGGUCGUCAAACCCGUCGCCGUGGUGGCCACCGGACCGGGCCAGAGGAACAAACACCACGGCAGGAACCCGGCGAAAAAGAGGACCGCGGACGAGAUGACUUCCUACGAACCCGUCGGUAAGCCGAGUCUUUUUCCAUUACCGAAAAGCGAAAAAUCGAAUACGUACGCUCGUGUAAUUUUAAUAUGCCCUCGGAAAAGUCCGGAAUUCGGCGGUGAAUAUGAAUUCAAAUUUCAAUAAAACUAUAAAUUUACAAACGAAACCGGUAAAUAUUUUCGUAUCCCGACCAACGUUCGAAAUUUAAAAUUCAAAACUGUUUAGAAAUUAUUCUGGGAAUUUAGAAAAAACAGGUUGCGAACAACGUGUCGCCGGGCCUUUUUCGGGGCAAAGGUGCAUGUGAGCGUUUCGGAGAAUUUCUAUUUACUUUUCGAUUAUAUCACGUUUUAUAAGUAAUUCCGAUUGUCCCGCUUUUUUUUUUUUUUUUGUUUUUGAUUUCGAAAAACAAUAAAGUUUUCCUUUUUUAUAUCCUGUCCGUAUGGAUAAGUUUUAUUUUUAUUGAUAAAAAAAUCUCUUCGACAAAUCACGGAGUCGAAGAAAUCCAAUUUUUAACAACAGACUCAAAAAGAGACGGCCGGACGGUCGGCCUUUCGUUAUUUUCGAUCCACGAAUUUUCGAUUUAUCCGGACGAUAAAAUAAAAAUAUCGGGACGAUAAAAAUGACAGGCGCUUUAUCGUUUCUCUUUUGCAGAUCACGUGGUCGGCUCGGGAGCGGACCCUUUGCGGGACAACGGCGAGAGCGACACGGACUCCGGGAGCUCGAAGAGAAUUCGGACGGCGUUCACCAGCAACCAGCUGCUGGAACUGGAGCGCGAGUUCGCCAACAACAUGUACCUGUCGCGGCUGCGGCGCAUCGAGAUCGCCAACUGUCUGCGGCUGUCCGAGAAACAGGUGAAGAUCUGGUUCCAGAACAGGCGCGUCAAGCACAAGAAGGAAGACGGCCCGGGGUCGGGCGGCGUCAACAGCAAGCAGUCGCCGUCGCCGUCGGCGUCGCUGGCCGGCGCCGCCGCGUGCUGCAACUGUCCGAAAUCGCGUCAUCGGUCACCCGGGCCCGACGGCGGCGCGUUCGGUUGCCGAACGGACGCCGGGGACGCCGACGACCGGUGCCUAGCGGUGUACAGGGCCGACGCGGAUUGA